GUGGAACAGGAGGCAGCUGCAGCGCACCUCGGGGACGGAGGCGAGCCUCUGGCAUUCCGCCUCGGAGCCCACGCUGCGACGCUCCAAAGGCGCCUCCAAAGGUCCGCCUGGAACGCUGCCCCCCUUGCCUCAGAUGUCUCCGAAGCAGUUUUCAAAGACUAGCUCCAGGGUGCGACUCCCCUCCUACGAUAGCGACAGCACUGACCAGGACCUCAUCUCCAACCCAGGAGGACAGAUGCAAGACGGAGAGAUGGAAUCGAGAUCUCCUUCCCGCAUCAGUCCCCACGGAGUCCAAGAGGAGAUUGCACCAGAGCUUGCCGUCCAGGAGAACCUCAGCCCCCGCUCGCUGUGGUCAAGUGCCUUGGAGAAGGCGCUUGAGGAGUCGGAUGUGCAGCUGCUCUUCCGCUUGGAUUUGCCGCUCAUGGUCAAGGCCGUGGCCGAGGGUGAGCUCACGAACUUCUCCGAGGUUGCCCCUCCCAGGUGGCACCAGCUCAAGGCAGCUGCGCAGCAGCUCAUACAGGAGCUCACACAGUCCGGCACGGGACGUCCAGGUCAGCUGCACUCGCUGCAGGCGGUCACGGAUCUCUAUGACUUCUUGGAGAAGCAGGGCUGCAUGCAGGGCUUCGACGCGCUCUGCAAGAGUUUCCUGUUCCUCUUCGGGACCCUGGAGCAGGUCCAGAAAGUUCUGGAUAUGAACCGGAGCGGCAUCUUCAGCAUCACCGAGUUCUCGAUGGCGAUGAGCCUCAUAGGUCUGGAUCUGCAGGUAAUAUGCGGGCUGGACGAGAGUCAGAUCUUCAGGGCGGUGGAUCAGGACCACGAUGGCACUGUGAACAUCCAGCAACUGCUGAAGUUCUGCAGCAGCAAGCCGGAGCCAGAGGAAAAGGCGAAAGCCUCCAAGAACAAGAAGAAAAAGAACGGGAGCCCUCGGAAGGCUCAGUCCAAGCAGCCCACGAUUUCCACCACGGCCAUCAUCGAGAAAGCUGGCCUCAAGGCCCUUCAGGAGAAGACGAUCGAUGGCGUUCACUUCUAUGCGCUGGCACUUUCGAAGCCCGCGGGUCCAACUACUCCAUCGGUGCAGGCUGGUGUGGGCAUGCAUGCGACGGUGGAUGAGUUUGAGGAGGAGGAGAUCGACGAAGUCAUUGCGACUCUGUCCAAGCAGGAGCUGCAGCGCGCACAAGCCAAGUGGAUCUGCAUCUCCAAGUGGCUCGCCAGCCUCUUAGGCGCCGCUGCGAUGGAGGAGGGCGCCGGAGCCAAGACUUGGGAAGAUGAGAGGCAGCAGGCAUAUGAUGCGGUAGACCAGGUUCCGCUGGUGCCCAUGGCGCCGGCGCUGCCGCGGAAAGAGCCCAAGGUGCCGGAGGAGGAGCCGACCGGUGCGGAUCCAUCUCUCCGACAGGCGGGCAAGGACCUGGACGAGCAAAUGGAGAAGCUGUUCCUGGAGGAGGCCUCCGAGCAAGAGGCCGGGACGAAGCUCAUCGAUCGGGUGGCUACCCGGAAGUUUUUCGAGGACCUGAUGCUGGCGGAUUACGGGUGGCACAAAGAGCUGAGGAUGGUCAUCCUGGACAGGCUUUACGACGACACCUUGAACAUUCAGAAGGAAGAGGACAAGCUGAGCAAAGGCCUCCACUUCCGCUCGCUUAAGGUGGUGCUACACCGGAUGCUCCGAGACCGCGCGGAGGGAUACAUCGAGAAGUUCAGGCUGAAUGUGGAGCGGCGCUUGAAGCAGAGCAGCAAGGAAGCAGCGCGCCUCGGAGCACGAAAAUGACCAGCUGGCAGAUCUUUGUCUUAGGAAAGUCGGUGCACGAUGCGUGACUUCGCUGAAACAUGCUGAAACA